CAGAUUUGAAAAUUAUCUUGGCUUUGGGUGGCUCUGUGUGUGGUGCUGAAUGGAGCUUCGUACCUUCUCUCCAUUUUGUGACAUGUAUUCUACCAGGUGAGGAGUCAUGUAUGCAGGUGGAAGAAGCAAUACAUAUAUGGUUUUGAUACCAAAAGCAGAUGUCUAGAGAAGAAUGUGAAACAUUUUAAGGUAUUGUCCUCACAGAAGAGAAUGGGUUCCAUAUGUUGUUUGAAUAGUCCAGAAAACAAUCCUUAUCUACCAUCUGAAAUGGAAUUACUCAGUGGCAAAGUAAUAUAUUCCGUUGCUCCAGCCAUGGGCCAUAACAAGGACUCACACCCUGAAUGUAAUUCCAGAGUUCCUGCCAUCACCAGUGCUCUUACAAAGAUGGGGUUGACUCCAGAGUUCAGGAGCUCAGAGAUUAUUGAACUUAAAGAAGUCAGACCUGCAAGAGUUGAUGAUAUAGCAAGUGUUCAUGAACGGGCUUAUGUAUCAGGACUUGAGAAGGCAAUGGAUCAGGCAUCUGAACAAGGACUUAUUUUCAUUGAUGGCUCUGGUCCAACUUAUGCUACUCCCACGACCUUCCAGGAGUCGCUACUGGCAGCUGGAGCUGGAAUUUCAUUGGUGGAUGCAGUGGUUGCAGCAUCAAAAGUCAGGGAAGAUCCUCCAGUUGGUUUUGCUUUGGUACGGCCACCAGGUCAUCAUGCUGUUCCAACUGGACCUAUGGGAUUUUGUGUUUUUGGGAAUGUGGCGAUUGCUGCUCGCUAUGCUCAACGUGCACAUGGACUGAAACGUGUGUUUAUCAUUGAUUUUGAUGUACACCAUGGAAAUGGAACGAAUGAUGCCUUCUACGAUGACCCUGAUAUAUUUUUUCUUUCCACUCACCAAGAUGGGAGCUAUCCUGGCACUGGUAAAAUAGAUCAGAUAGGUAGAGGAGAUGGUGAAGGAUCCACACUGAAUCUACCUUUACCAGGAGGAUCAGGUGAUAGAGCCAUGCGGAGCAUCUUUGAUGAAGUUAUUGUGCCGUCUGCUCAGAGGUUCAAGCCAGAUAUAAUUCUAGUUUCAGCCGGAUACGACGCCCACGUGUUGGAUCCCCUAGCAAAUCUGCAGUUCACAACAGGAACAUACUAUAUGCUAUCUUCCAACAUUCAGCAACUAGCGAGAGAUUUAUGUGGCGGUCGCUGUGUGUUCUUCUUGGAAGGAGGUUACAAUCUUAGCUCUCUCUCAUAUUCGGUUGCAGACUCAUUCCGUGCAUUUCUUGGGGAACCUAGCCUGGCUGCAGAGUUUGAUAACCCUGCAUUCUUGUACGAAGAACCAUCAAACAAGGUAAAAGAUGCUAUCCAGAAAGUCAAGCACAUUCAUUCUCUCUGAGAUUGCCUGAACUUAAAACUAAAUCCCAUGAUGUUCUAUUUUGUGGCUACACUGGAUCACCUAGUAGCUAACUGAAUGUGUUAGUAUUUGAACAUACAUGAAUACAUACUUUCAUUAAACAAGCUGUUUAUUUCUGGUGAAUAUGAGCAUCGUCUUGUCAUCCUCUUCCACUUGUAUAGUUGUACUAAUGUACGACCAUAUACAUACACGAAAACCAUUUUUUG